AUGGAUAUAAAUAGUCAACGUAUGGUAAGACCAUCACAGGCUAUUAGACCGUCCCCGUCUGCUGCCUCGAGGCAGACGUUCGCAAGACCUUCGUCUGCCCCUAAACCAUCGGUGGCCUUUAUCGCCAGCCAAAACCGACGAAAUACUCAUUUGCACAUUGCAGCGAAAGACCGAAAAAUUUCGAAAGCAUACCAAACCACAAAAAAAGGUAUACUUCAUUUGACGACUCCGAAACGACAUUAUUCGACGACACGAAAAGAUUCUCUCAGACAGUACAAAAUCUCGGUUAUAGAUCAGGCAUAUAUCGCAAGACAAAAGGAUACACCAAGCUCAGUGACCACAGUCUUUACAGUUGCGGGUCUUUUCGUCGUUUCAAUAACAGUGCUCAUAAGCGGUACCAUAAUAUUGUGUCAGCAUCAGGGUUAUGCAUUCGAUAUAUUCGGCUACGGUUUUGUGAUAUUCGGUUUGACCACACUCUGUCUGUGUGCGUUUCUCCAGCGCAAAAAUCUUAUGAAACUUAUCAACGAGUGGACCAAAGAUGUUUAUAGCAAUUAUAUGAACAAAUAA